AUGGACCUUUCAUCAGACGAAGACCUUUACCGUGGGAGUAGCCCUGCAGACCUGCAACCUGACAGCGAUGAGGAGCCCAGUGCUGGCCCUGCGCCGCCAGAUGCUGCCCCCAAGUAUACAGUUCCAAAUCGAGUCCUUGGUGCGGUCGAGAUUCCUGCUGUCGUGGAAAACGUGGAUCGUGCUAUCAAAGCGUUUGGCAGACGACCUGACCUUCAACACGUAAUGGAUCCCAUCAGAAACUCAAUUCCUUUCUAUCUUACUCCUGAGGACCCAUUUUGUAAGCCCAUAAUGUCUCACAAUGCCAGGAGCCACAAUGUUGUCCUCAAAGUCACCGUUCGCAAGAGGACUGGCAGGAAGCGAAAAAGAGGAACAAACGACCCAUGGGAGGGAGACAUCGAACUACCAGAUGCCGAGACCGAAGCCGUCGAGGAGAAUGAAGUUCACUCGCGCUCCCGUCUCGAUGAUCCCAAGAUUUUGCGUCGAAAAUUGGAAGACAACGUCAACAGCUACCAAGUCGAAGCUGUCGGGGUCAUCAAACACACACAUCGAUUUCGCGGCCUCGCGGACUUCUAUUGGGACAUGACCGAGUCUUCGUUUGCCAACAGAUACGUUGACCAGGUUCUACCCGGAGAUGUUGAAUCAAUCAAGGAAUUCAAGUUUAUGCCUGGUGUUGACCAAGGACCAAAUGUGGACAUUCUCCCUCCACCUAUUUUCACUCAUAUGAGCCUCCCCUUCAACUACCAGUACUCGCAAAACCCAUACGUACGUGCCACCGAAGACGGCGGAACCGUCAACACUACCGCUGUUAAGCAGGUCGGUUAUUUUAUCGGAGCAGAGGACCCUACACCACUGGGACCUCAAAUCCCCCCUGAUAUGACGGAUCCUCGAAUGGUCGAGAUCAUUGCAGAGCUAGAAGAGGCAUUUGAGGACCGGCCAGUCUGGACUCGCCGGUCAUUGCUCAAUCACCUCGGUGGGAAGCUCAAGAAUUGGAACGAGCUCAAAAAGUAUCUCAACUACACGGCUUACCAGUUCAAAGGAGGACCCUGGCGAGAUGGCGUGGUUCCAUACGGUAUCGAUCCGCGGACAGACCCCAAGUACCGCGUUUACCAGACUCUCAUGUUCAAACUUCCUAAGCAGAAACGCCCCCAAAAAGGUCAGACAUGGAAGUCUCUGCGCAAAGCUCAGAUGGGCCCGCUUAAAGAGUUCUUGGAGGAGCUAUCUGAGAGCCACGUCUUUGACGGCGAAACUUAUCACACGGAUGGAAAGGUUUGGCAAGUCUGCGAUAUUUCAGACCCGCUCCUGAAGGACCUUCUUGAUAACGCUGCUGUGCGUCCGACAUGGGAUCCCAGCAGCGGAUGGUAUCAUGGUGGGCUUUGGGCCAAGGUCAAGGCGAUUAUGAAAACGAAACUAGUGGCCAUUCAAUUCGAUCGACGACUCACGCGGGAGGACUUUGCAAUGACAUUACAGGCUGGAGACCAGACACCGAUCCGGUCAACUUCAGCAACUCUUCAUCUGCCUCUUCCAAACCUCCGCCUGACGGAUGAGGAGCUGACCUUACUGCGAGGACGACAGCCGUCAAGGAAAAAUAAGCACAAGGGAUACAGCGUCAGGGUAAGGGACCCGGCUGCAGGCUCAAAACGCGCUGUCGACUCGCCAUCAGUGCCUGACUCGCAGAACGAGGAGGCCAGGCUGCUCGAGAUGGAUGAUAUGGAUUCAGGUCAGGAUGAAUCAGGAAGUGAUGAUGAUGAUGACGAUGAGUCGGCGGGUGAUGAUGAUGCUGAACAGGGGGCGAUGCGAGAUGAAGAUGUCAGAGAGGACGAACAGGAAGACGAUGAGAGUAUGGAAAACGAGGGCACGAUGAGAGACAAGGAGGCUUAG